AUGCCCACCUUUCGUACUUUACUUGUGGUUGUUGCUGCUGCUGUUCAUCGUUGGUCUUUAUACCAGAUGGAUAUUCUUCGGUAUCUCCGGGGUACUAGCACUCGCUCUCUUCUGUUUUCUGUUGCAUCCAAAUUAGCUCUUUGUGCAUAUUCUAAUGCUGAUUGGGCUGGUGAUCCUACUACCAGGAAGUCUGCCACAAGUUAUUGUAUAUUUCUUGGUGAUUUCCUUAUUUCUUGGCGGAGUAAGAAACAAGAUGUUAUUGCUCUUUCCAGUACCGAUGUAAAGUAUCGUGCAAUGUCCACAACAUCUAUAGAUUAUUAA